AUGGAGUAUCUGUGCUGGGCGGCUAUAGAUUUCCGGAGGGGAGUCGUUAACAAGGUACCAGUCUGGGGGUAUCAUCCGGUCAACAUCGGAGAUACGUUCAAAAAUGGUCGCUACAAGAUACACCAUAAGCUAGGAUGGGGUGGCUUUUCAACUGUGUGGCUUGCGAAAGACAGAGUCCGAAAUCAAUGGGUCUCGUUAAAGAUCAUGACUGCAGAUUCGGGGGGAUCGCGAGAGCUACACAAUUUGAAGCAUCUUGAGAGGCAUUCUCAUGGAAAACUUUCCUCAAACUUUGUUGUGCAACUGCUUGAUUCCUUUACUCACAAAGGUCCUAAUGGAGUUCACCAAUGUCUUGUAUUUGAAUUACUCGGCCCUUCCGUUGAUAAGACCCUUGCAGACUAUCAUGAGAGUAACGAAAAGCUCUGCCCGGAUACUAUACUCAGAAUGUCUACGCAGCUCUUGAAGGCUGUCAAGUUCAUUCACGGUGCCGGCAUGUGCCAUGGGGACAUUAGCGGUCGGAACAUCGCAUUUAGUUGCACACAUUUGUCCAACGUAACUGAGGAAGAACUUUUCAAUGUCCUUGGGUUCCCAGAAAUUGAGCCGCUGGCCCGCAUUGAUGGCAUGCCUUUAGAAAACGGAUUACCGAACCAGCUGAUCGGGGCAGCAGAGUGGGUCGAGUGGAUAGACGAGGACGACGAAGAUAUUCGGCUCCUUGAUAUUGGAGAGAGUUUCCUCCAAGGAGAGGAGCCUAAAAAGCUGGCUCAGCCGGGUACAUUGCGAGUACCGGAGACGAUAUUCAUGGACCGUUUUGAUUAUCGCGUCGAUCUAUGGCGCACGGGUUGCAUGAUUUACUUAUUCUUAUUCGCAACCUACCCUUUUUGGUAUCUUGGCGAGGAUGAAGUUUUGAUUCUCCAAAUGAUUGGCUUUGUGGAGAAAUUGCCGACUGAGUGGGAGUCCCGGUGGAAAUCGAUGAAGAUGAGGUCCAGCCAUGAUUUGGAGAUAAACAAUGAUUGCGAAAUGUCCAAGCUUGAACGGAAGUUCGCAGAGAUCGUGCACGAUCCAACACUCAAACCUUUACUACAAGUGACUCAAGGAUUAAUGCGAUUUUUACCAUCCAGUCGCAUUACUGCAGAAGAGGCACUCAGCUUGCUUUGCAACAGCCAAGAAUAA